AUGUAUCGGAUACUGAGGAAACCAGCCCUGUGUAUCAGACAGAGCAAUAGGACAGGACUUUUACUUGGGAGAUGGCCUAGGAAAUGGAGCAUUAUCAACCUGUUCCUGACCUGCAUCCUGCUUGGAUUUCUAUCUACGCUUUGGUUGGAAAGCAGCUAUACAGGGGACGCCAGGAACCAGGAUGAUCUAUUGCCCAAUCUGCUGUCCUCCACAAGGACUAUGAAUGAGAAUACCUCAGGGUCUCCUCACCGUCUGGCUGUGCUGGUCCCUUUUAGGGAACGAUUUGAGGAACUCCUGAGCUUUGUCCCCCACAUGCACCAGUACCUGAAUGAGAAGAAAAUCCAGCACCAGAUAUUUGUCAUAAAUCAGGUGGAUCAUUUCAGGUUUAACAGGGCCUCUCUGAUAAAUGUUGGCUACUUGGAGAGCGGCAGCGACACAGACUAUAUUGCUAUGCAUGAUGUUGACCUGCUCCCUCUUAAUCCGGAUCUAGACUAUGGCUACCCAGAGAAUGGCCCUUUCCAUGUGUCUUCCCCAGAACUGCACCCCUUGUAUCAUUACAAGACCUACGUUGGGGGAAUCCUACUGCUCACCAAACAGCACUACAACUUGUGCAAUGGGAUGUCAAAUCGGUUUUGGGGAUGGGGCCGUGAGGAUGAUGAGUUUUACCGUAGGAUCAAAGGAGCCGGUUUGCAGCUUUUACGGCCAACUGGAAUCACCACAGGAUACCAAACCUUUCGCCAUAUUCAUGACCCAGCAUGGAGGAAGCGCGACCAGAAGAGGAUAGCCACUCAGAAGCAGGAGCAGUUCAAGGUGGACCACGAGGGUGGGCUGCACAGUGUCCAGUAUCAUGUGGAGUCACGCACUGAAGUGACCAUUGGCGGAGCCCCAUGUACUGUGCUGAAUGUUCUGUUGGAGUGUGACCUGAGUAAGACUCCAUGGUGUGUAUUGAACUGAACUCACAA